AUGACGCGUCAGGCUCUGAGCAGCUUCCUGGGGGUCAUGAGCUGGAGCGGGGUCCCCACCUGCCCGCACGGCUUCCAGCCCACUCCACCGGCGGCCUGCGGGUAUGUGGAGCCCCCGGCGCUGAGGCCGCCACCAGGCAUGGAGGGCCCCGUGGAGGAGCCGGCCCCGAAGGGGAGAGGGCCUGCGGCACCCUCGGGAGGCGGCGGCGGCGGCCACAAGGCCCAGAGAGUGGCCAUGAGCCCAUCGGUCGUCUGGGAGCGAGCAGGGCCCGAGGAGGCCGAGGCGCUGGUCGGAGGUGAUGCCAGUCUUCCCCCUGGGGGCUCCAGGCCGGCUGCUGGGACCCCUCCCGGCCAGAUGGGCACGUACCCCACAGACCUGACCUUGCAGCUGCUGGCCGUGCGGAGGAAGACGGGGCUGCCAGACCCCAGCCUGCAGCAGACCGUGAGGAGCCGGCUCCGCCUGUUGGAAAAUGACAGCCAGGAGGUGGCCCGUGCGCUGGGGGAGCUGUCGGCCAGGCUGCUGUCUAUCCACAGUGACCAGGAUCGGAUUGUGGUGACCUUUAAGACUUUCGAGGAAAUCUGGAAGUUCUCCACCUACCAUGCUCUUGGCUUCACUCAUCACUGCCUGGAAAAUCUACUCGUGGACCAGGCCUUCUGGCUGCUCUCACCCAACGAGGACGAGGAGACAGCCGUCCAAGUCCACGUGGACCAGGAGGCCUUGAGGCUGACGCACGAGAGCCUCCUCGCCCAGGAAGGUCCUGUCUUCGUCCUGUGUCCUGACCACCACGUGCGAGUGAAGACCAGCCCCCGGGGUGCAGGGAGCGGCCCCUGGGCCCUCAGGCGAGCCUCGGGGGUUCCCCAGGGAGAGGCAGCCUCGGCAGUGGACUCCUCCGCUCCCAGCCCCGGCACGUUCUCCGAGGAGGUGGCAGCGGCAGCCACUCCAGAAACUUUGAUUCCAUUUCAUCAAUGGGCUCUUCGGGUCCCCUGGGACCCCAUCGAUGACUCCGUGAAUGGACCUGUGACAUCGGACAUCCCACUGAUGGCCACGGGCCUGGCCACGGCGGUGGCAGACUACCAGGGCUCCGGGCCUGAAGAGAUGACCUUCCAAGGUGGCGACGUCAUCAAGGUCAUGGGCGCCCAGGUGCCUGGCCUGCCCUGGUGCCUGGGCCGGCACACGGCCUCGGGCCAGGUCGGGUUUGUGCGGACGAGUCUCGUCAGUGUGCAGGGCCAAGUGUCUGAGCUGGAAGACGUGAUUUUUCUCAAUGAGGAAGAAAGGUCAUUCUUCAGCAAUGAAGGACGCUUUUCGGAGGAGGAUGCCAGGCAGCUGCUGGGGAGGGCAUCCGGUGCAGACGUCUGCACGGUGUACAGCUUAGACAGAUUCGAAGAAGCCGAGUUCGGCCAGCUGGAAGAACAAGAAGUGCCUCAGCCUUGCCUGCACCCAGAGCCACGUGAGACCCUCCAGAAGGUGAAGAAUGUUCUAGAACAAUGCAAGUCCAGCCAGGGCUGCCCCGAGGAGCCAGUGUCCUGGGGUCUGUGCACGGCGUCCAGUGGUGCAAGCUCAUGGGACAGCGAGGAGCCCUCCUUUGGCUUGGACGCGGGGGCCGACUGGGCCCACCCGGAGGCCCUGGGCUCGCUGCUGCUGUUCCUGGAUGCGCCUGGGUACAAGGCCUGCUUCCGUGGCCUGUACGACCUCUCCCUGCCGGGGCUGAGCACCCUGUUCUGUGGCUUCAGCGAUGAGAAGGAGCUGGCCGGGCACCUGGCACAGGCCCGGGGAGCAGCCAAGAAGGCCGGCUUCCCCAUGGCGCUCGCCAGGCUCUGCUUCCUCCUGGGGAGGCUGUGUGUGCGCAGGCUCAAGCUGUCCCAGGCCCGCGUGUACUUCGAGGAGGCUCUGGGGGCGCUGGGGGGCCGCUUUGGCGACCCCUUCCUGGUGGUAGCCGUGUACGCCAACCUGGCCACCGUUCACCUGAAGCAGAAGAACAGGGACAAGUGUGCGCAGGUGGUGCCCAAGGCCUUGGCCCUGCUCCUGGGGACGCCCAGCCACGUUUGCAGCACCGAGGCCGAGUCGGAGCUCCUGAGGCAUGCCCUGCGCCGGGCCAUCCUCUGCCGGAGCCCCCAGGCCGAGGCCCGGGCCUGCUUCCUGCUGGCCAAGCACCACGCUCGCCUCAAGCAGCCCGAGGAGGCGCUGCCCUUCCUGGAGAGGAUGCUGCUUCUGCACGGGGCCUUGGGCUCCCCGGAGGCCUCAUGGCCCGCGGACGGCUACCUGCUCCUGGCGGACAUCUAUAGCCGCCAGUGCCUGCCGCACCUGGUGCUCAGCUGCGUCAGGGUGGCCUCGCUGCGGGCCCGCGGCUCGCCGGGCAGCUCACUCCGGAGCGCAGACCUGGUCCUCCGGAACUCACCCCGGCUCCACCGGCCGCCCUCCCAGAUGGCGCACUACCUCAGGCAGGCGCUGGCCUCCGUGGCCUCGGGCCCCCUGCGCGGCCCCCUCUGUGCCAGCCUGGCCCAGCUGCAUAGCCGCCACGGGCAGCAGGCCAGGGCCAUCUCCUUCAUGACGCAGGCCGUGGAAGCGGCCGCGGGGGCCGGCGGCCGCCUGGCCGUGGACUACGUGGUGGCGCUGGCCUGGUUGUACGUGCUUUGCGGCCAGAGCGCAGUGGCCCUGGACAUCCUCGAGUCCGUCCUGGACAUGGCGGUGGCCAGUGUGGACCAGGAGGGCGUGAUCGCCAACAUGGCAGCCGUGGCCCUGAGGAGGACGGGCAGGACCCGGCAGGCGGCCGAGGGCUACUACCGCGCCCUGCGAGUGGCCAGGACCCGGGGCCAGCUGCGGAACCAAGCAGUGGUCCUGGCCAAUUUCGGGGCCCUGUGCUUGCAGGCCGGCGCGGGGGGCCUGGCCCAGCACUACCACCUGGAGGCUGUGAAGCUCUUCUCGCGGCUGCCUGGCAGAGAGUGCGGCCAGGACUUCACCUGGGUGCUCCUGCGGCUGGGCCACCUGUACACCCGCAGGGCCCUUGCCCGACAGGGCAAGUGCUACUACGAAUGGGCCUUUCUGGUCGCCGUAGAGACGGACCACUUGGAGGGCCAGCUGCGAGCCGUCCAGCGGCUCUGUCACUUCUAUAGCAGAGUCAUGCCCAGCGAGGCCCAGUGCGUCGUCUACCACGAGUUUCAGCUCUCGCUGGCCCGCAGGGUGGCCGACAAGGUGCUGGAGGGCCAGCUCCUAGAGACCAUCAGCCAGCUCUACCUGUCGCUGGGCACCGAGCGGGCCUACAAGUCCGCGCUGGACUACACCAAGCGCAGUCUGGGGAUCUUCAUCGACCUCCAGAAGAAGGAGAAGGAGGCGCAUGCCUGGCUGCAGGCAGGGAAGAUCUACUACAUCCUCCAGCAGAAUGAACUGGUGGAUCUGUACAUCCAGGUGGCACAGAAUGCGGCCCUGUACACGGGGGACCCCAACCUGGGGCUGGAGCUGUUUGAGGCGGCUGGGGACAUCUUCUUCAACGGGACCUGGGAGCGAGAGAAAGCAGUGUCCUUCUACCGGGAUCGGGCACUGCCCCUGGCCGUGACCACAGGGAACCAGGAGGUGGAGCUGCGGUUGUGCAACAAGCUGGUGGCGCUGCUGGCCGAGCUGGAGUCGCCCCACGAGGGCCUGGAGUUCGCCCACGUGGCCCUGGCGCUGAGCAUCACCCGGGGGGACCGGCUGAACGAGCGAGUGGCCUACCACCGGCUGGCAGCCCUGCACCAGCGGCUGGGCCACGGUGAGCUGGCGGAGCACUUCUACCUCAAGGCUCUGUCGCUCUGCAGCUCGCCCCUGCAGUUCGAUGAGGAGACCCUGUACUACGUGAAAGUGUAUCUGGUGCUCGGCGACAUCAUUUUCUACGAUCUGAAGGACCCCUUCGACGCAGCCGGGUACUACCAGCUGGCGCUGGCCGCGGCGGUCGACCUAGGCAACAAGAAGGCCCAGAUGAAGAUCUACACGCGCCUGGCCACCAUCUACCAUAACUUCCUCCUGGACCGUGAGAAGUCCCUCUUCUUCUACCAGAAGGCCAGGACCUUUGCCACUGAGCUCAACAUCCGCAGGGUCAACCUGGCCCCAGAGCGGUGCUGGGGGCGGGCGCCCUGGCUGGUCCCCAGCGCCCCACCCUGAGGACUGCUGUCCCCAUCUCUCCUAGUGUCUCUGCGAGGCUCAUUUUCUGGGAAACGGAGGCACGGAGGUGGGGGUCACAUAGCAGUAGGUGAUUUUGCAG